ACAGAAACGAAACAGUCCGUCCCAGACGAGGGAUUUCCCGCUUGGGUCAGUUGGGCAAGAGCGUGACGAGAACGAAAAGUAAUAACCCGAUCGCCGGCCCCUCGGUCUCGUGGCCGCUGCCGCAGUCGUGUAGCCCAAAGCUUCCGGCGCUAAUAUGUUAAAGUAGACCUCCGGUGCGUUUCGGCAAAGCCGCAGGAGCAUGAACUGGUCGCGUCAUGUGUGUGAGAAAACCGUACUGAGAUAUCGGAAACGGAAAACUACCGCAGAGGUGUCGAAAGGGCGACAGCACGUUGGAAGCGCUGACUUGGAAAGAAAGACAUGCAGAUUUCUAUCAAAUGACGGGCGAAUCACAGUCGCAGAGGAAUGGAGAAUAUGAACGAAAAUGCAGGGAUUGAACUGUUGCUGGCGCACAUGAAACUUGAAGAUUUCAUCGAGGCAAUGGGAAGCUUGUAUCCUUCUGAGGACUCCGCUGCUUUAGAAGGGAGCAGCCUGUACAUGUCGCAGGGCGAAAUGGACGAAAACGAGGAAAUAAGCAGUCCUGCGAUGCUGGAAAAUAAUAGAUCGUCUAUGCUCAGGGACUCCGUUAGAUACGGAACAGUGGACGACUUGUUGGCGUUUGCAAAUCAACUCUCCAACAGCCCCGGCAGCAAACCAACGCAAGAGACGGGAGUGCUGCUGAACAAGAAAGACAUGGUGGUGAAAAACGGUCGGUACCAGGUGGACACUGAUGUGCUGCUGUUUCCAUGGAAGCUGACAUACCGAAAUAUUGGCUCAGACCUCGUCCCAAGGGGCUCCUUCGGAAAAGUUCACCUGGCAUUAGACACCAGGACAAAAAAGCGGAUGGCUUGCAAACUGGUUCCCCUGGAACACUUCAAACCAGCUGAUGUGGAGAUCCAGGCACGUUUCUGCCACGAAAAUAUAGCAGAGUUGUAUGGUGCCCUCCUGUGGGAUGAGACGAUCCACUUGUUUAUGGAAGCGGGUGAAGGGGGCUCUGUCAUGGAAAAGCUAGAGAGCUGUGGGCCGAUGAGAGAGUUUGAGAUCAUCUGGGUCACCAAGCAUAUCCUCAAGGCCCUUGACUUUCUGCACUCUCGGAAAGUCAUACAUCACGAUAUUAAACCCAGCAAUAUUGUGCUGAUGUCAACGAAAGCUGUGCUGGUGGAUUUUGGGCUCUCUGUACAGAUGACUGAAGAUAUUUACAUGCCGAGGGAUCUUCGGGGAACUGAAAUGUACAUGAGCCCCGAAGUGGUUCUUUGCAGAGGGCACACGACCAAGGCCGAUAUUUACGGCUUGGGAGCCACUGUAAUCCACAUGCAGACCGGUGAUCCACCCUGGGUGAAGAGAUAUCCUCGUUCCGCAUACCCUUCUUAUCUUUAUAUUAUCCACAAACAAGCCCCUCCACUGGAGGAUAUAUCUGAAGACUGCAGCCCCUCCAUGAGACAGUUCCUGGAGUGUUCUUUGGAGAGGAAUCCAAAAGUACGGCGCUCGGCCGCUGAGCUUCUAAAAGAAGAGGCCCUUCACCCUCCUCGGGAGGAUCAGCCACGCUGUUGGAGCCUGGACUCUGCCUUGUGUGAGAAGACCCGGCUGCUCAUGAGACAGGAGUCCGAGCUCCCUGAAAACGUCACUGAUACUUCAAUAUGCACAGAUGAUGAUUCCCUGGCGGCAAGAGGAAAACGAUCUUUAUAUGUGGAUCUGGGGGCUGUAGCUGAUUACUACAAUAUUGUAAGGGGACCCCCCACUUCAGAAUACGGCUAACAGAUGAGGACUUUUCGGAGCAAAGAUACUGUUGGAUGAAUUAGCUCUGCGGUGUACACAUCUCAUCUCGGCAGAGGGAGUCUUACACGUUUAUCAGGCCGUGUUAUUUGAUCAGAGUAUCUCUUCCUUUGUACGUGCACAGGUGUACGUGUUGUGUGUGUGUGUGUAUGUGUGUAUAAUAAGGGAGCCUGACUCAGAGUGGUUAGGCAACAGUGAUUAAUGAGGCAUGAAUGGUCCAAAGUCACAGGAUGGCACGGUGUGCAGUGGAACUGAAAAGAACUUAGGAAAGAAAAUGAAGUGCAUAAUGCAGGUGUGUGUGCGAUUAGCGGAGCUCGUGUGCAGUCCGGAUUAGCUACCCUUAAAGACAGGUAUGGAGUUGA